CGUUCCUUCCUUCCUUGCUUGCUUCCUUUCCUGCCUUUCUUCAUGCUUGCUUCCCUCCACCGCCUGUGUACAUUGGCUAUAUGAAGCUCUCAUCUCUCUCUUCCUCAGUCUCUUUCUCAGUCUGCUUGACAGCGUCUCCUCCCAACUGUGCUCUCUCCAUCCUCGCCUCCCUCUACUCUCUCACUCUCGCUCCCUCUCUACAGGCUGCGCCUCAUUGGUGUGUCCUGAUUCCCUUUUUCCAUUAGUAGGCUCCGGGCCCAUUGGUCGUCCUCCUUCCAACCAUUAUCUCCACUCGUCCAGCCCUCUGUCAUCCUGUCUCUCUCCACUCUGCCUCCUCACACUCCCCAGUCAUCUCUGAAGUCAUAAAACAUUUUUAAAAAAUGAAUUUGCAUGCAAUGUGGGAGCAGAAGUUUGUACUGAGCAUGUUAAAUGAAUUGGGGGAGAAGUAAAGGAAAGGCUGUCAGAAAGAAGAGGAAGCACAUUUUGGAGAAAAGUUUCAAGAGAAGAAUGCAGCUGAAAAUGAGUCUGGAGGAGACGUGGUGAGCAUUUCCUCUCCAAGUGAACGCCAGUAGGUUACAGUGGAAGCCGAGGUCUGGAAGAACUGUCUCUACGCCAAACCAUUGCAGAUGGAGGUGGAUGCAGACGAUAAGCGCCACCGCACACGCUCCAAAGUGCCUGUGGAUCCAGCAUUAACGCAGCUUUUCAGUGUGUAUGGAUGCCCCGUGGCCAAGAAGAGAAAGAGUCUAGACAGACAAACCUUGGAGACCUCUCCCAAAAAAAGCACCUACCUCGACGACAUGGACAACUCGACAAUGGAAGAGUGCUACGAAACGGAUGGAACAGAGGAGAUGGACGACAGAGAGGAGGAAGAGGAUGGACCGCUCGAGGAGGAGGAGGAGGAGGGUGAGGUGGAGGAGGCUGAAGGCUAUAUGGACUACAACGAAGAGCAAAUGGAGCAUGAGGAAGGCGAGAUGGGGAGAGGGGAGGGUGAGGAAGAGUUAGAUGUGGAGGAAGAAGAAGACGAAGAUGAGGAAGAGCGGGUGGAAGAGGAGGAAGAGGAGGAGACAGUGGCGGUGGAGGACUAUGAAGAGGGGGAAGAGGAGGAAGGGGAGCAAGGGCAAGAGGAGGAACUGAUGAGUGGUGGUGAGGGCAACAGUGGCGGUGAAGGUGGAGGUGGCAGUGGCGGCAGCAAGUCAGGUCCCACAGUGGAGAGGGACGACAACAACAACGAUGAGUAUGAGAACUAUGACGAGCUUGUGGCCAAGUCGCUGCUCAACCUGGGCAAGAUCGCAGAAGAUGCCGCCAACCGGGCAAUGACGGAGUCAGAGAUGAACAGCAACUCCUCUCACAGUGCUGAAGAGGAAGAAGAGGAGGAGGAUGAAGAGGAAGAAGAAGAAGAGGAGGAGGAGGAGGAAGAAGAGGAGGAAGAAGAAGAAGGGGAGGAGGAGGAGGAGGAGGAGGAAGAAGAGGAAGAGGAAGAGGAAGAAGAGGAAGAGGAAGAGUGCGAGGAAACACCAAGAGGCAAUCAGCACGAUCUGAGUUUGGACGUUCAUAGUGACGUGGUCAGAGAGACUGUGGACUCGCUCAAACUCCUGGCACAGGGACAUGGGGCUGUGUUGUCGGACAAUUUGGAGGGACAGGACUACGCGGAAAGCAUUGCUGGAAACGGAGACUGUUCCCACAACGGCCUAAGUGUGCACAACGGUGGGAACGGACUAAGUAAGACCACUGGUAAUGGACCAUUCGAAAACAGUGAUGAGGAAGUGUGUCUAAGCAGUCUGGAGUGCCUACGGAAUCAAUGCUUCGAUCUUGCUCGGAAACUUAGCGAAACAAAGCCCACAGAUCGCAACGGGUCCUUCCAGCAGAAUCAUUACCAAUGUGGGGACAUGAAUCAGCAGCCCCAACAUCACGGCUAUGGGGAGUUCCAGCAUAACCAGGAUGACAGACGAGCGCUGGACAGGAACUUUUCAGACAUGGACAAUCUCUUGAAGCUUGAGGAGCAGCUGAGCCCGCGAUCCAAAGCCUUUGCCAGUUGUGUGCAAGCGGACCGUUUUCACCACCGAGACUUCGACGAAGACACGGCCUCUGUGACGUCAGACAAGUCAGAGGAAGUGUUUGACAUGACAAAAGGUAACCUUUCCUUGCUGGAAAAGGCUAUCGCGCUGGAGUCCCAACGCGCAAAGGCACUGAGGGAUAAAAUGGAGACGGAAGCAGCUAGGAGAGACGGCGUGAGGUAUAGCCAUGAUGACCACGGGUCACGGCAUGCCUAUGCGGUUGAGCGUAAAGGACGACUCCCUGAUGGAAUGAAGAAGCUUUUCUAUCAUAAAGAAGCUUCCCGCGCGGACAAGAAAGAGAGUCGCUGUCCGACACCAGGCUGUGACGGCACGGGUCACGUGACUGGCUUGUACCCCCACCAUCGAAGCCUGUCGGGCUGUCCGCACAAAGACAGAGUGCCACCAGAAAUUGUGGCUAUGUAUGAGAACGUUCUUAAGUGUCCUACGCCUGGCUGCACUGGACGCGGCCAUGUCAAUAGCAACAGAAACUCCCACAGAAGUCUGUCUGGAUGCCCCAUUGCUGCAGCGGAGAAGCUGGCCAAGGCGCAGGAAAAACACCAGAGCUGUGACGGCUCCAAGCCCAACCAGGCUUCUGACAGAGUUUUAAGGCCUAUGUGCUUUGUCAAACAACUGGACUAUCCUCAGUAUGGUGACAAGAACAAUGUUUCCACCAGCACGCCCCGAUCCAACCUGGCCAAGGAGCUGGAGAAGUACUCCAAGACCAGCUUUGACUACAGCGCCUUCGAGGGUACUAACAACCACCAAGUGUAUGGGAAACGGGCCAUCGCACCCAAGGUUCAUGGGCACAGGGAUACCUCCCCGAAAGGAUUUGAUGCCAAGCGCUAUUGCAAGAACUCCAGCUCGGCCAGCAGCACCACCAGCACCUACGCUCCCAGCAGCAGCAGCAGCAGUCUGAGCUGUGGAGGUGGCGGAGGGGGUGUGGGAGGAGGUGGCGGCAGCAGCGCCAGCAGCACCUGCAGCAAAAGCAGCUUUGACUACAACCACGACAUGGAGGCUGCGCACAUGGCCGCCACGGCCAUCCUGAACCUGUCUACGCGCUGCCGGGAGAUGCCCCAUGGUAUGGGAGGAAAGCCCCAAGAUCUGUGCUCGCAGAGUCCCAGCCUGGAUGUUGACGAGAACGGUACAUUGGACCUGAGUAUGAGCAAGCGUCUGUGCAGCGGCGGAGGGGACUCUGUGCUCACCCCACUAGAGCCCAUGUCCCCCCAAAGGCAAGCUGCCCUUCUGGGCUCCCGCUGCUACGGCAUGGGCGACGCUGCCGACUGUUGGGACCUGCCUGUAGACUACACCAAGAUCAAACACAUAGAUGAGGACGAGAAAGAGGAUGACCUGGACCCUUUCCAAGACUUGCUGGAGGACCGCUCCUACACCACAGAUGUCAACAUGCCCAGUCCCAAACCCAAGUAUGCCCAGUGCAAGGAGAGUAAGAAGGACCUGAUAACAUGUCCCACACCGGGGUGUGACGGAAGUGGUCACUUGACAAGCAAUUUCGCCUCACAUCGAAGUCUCUCAGGUUGUCCGUUAGCUGAUAAAAGUAUUCGGAGUAUGCUGGCCAACAACGCGCAAGAGCUCAAGUGCCCGACACCAGGGUGCGACGGUUCGGGACAUAUCACUGGCAACUACGCCUCUCACAGAAGCCUCUCAGGGUGUCCGCGGGCCAGGAAAAGUGGGAUAAAGAUCAUCCACAGCAAAGAGAACAAGGAAGACCAAGAACCUAUCAGGUGUCCUGUUCCUGGUUGUGAUGGUCAGGGUCAUGUGACAGGAAAGUAUGCAUCCCACAGAAGUGCGUCAGGAUGUCCCAUAGCUGCCAAAAGACAAAAAGAUGGCUACCUAAAUGGCAUCCAGUUCACAUGGAAGUCUGGCAAGACGGAGGGAAUGUCCUGUCCUACGCCGGGCUGCGACGGCUCGGGUCAUGUCAGCGGCAGUUUUCUGACACACCGAAGUCUGUCAGGCUGUCCGCGUGCCACCUCAGCCAUGAGGAAAGCCAGGCUCUCUGGAAUGGACAUGCUCACAAUUAAGCAGCAGCGCAGCAGCAAUGGGUUGGAUCACGAAGAGGAGCUCAAACAUCUGGAUGAAGAAAUCAAAGACUUAAGUGACUCAAAUUCACAAGUGGAAGCAGACAUGAUCAAACUCAGAACUCAGAUCACCACUAUGGAGUCCAACUUGAAGUCCAUGGAGGAGGAAAACAAGGUGAUUGAACAGCAAAAUGACUCUCUCCUGCAUGAGCUGGCCAACCUCAGCCAGUCACUGGUUAACAGUUUAGCUAAUGCCCAGCUCCCCCAUAUGAAACCGGUGCCGCACAAAGAACCUCUUCUUCGGAGUAACAGUUGCUUACAGCUCCACCAGCAAGAGCCCAUUGAACAAAACUUUGAUGCCUACGUCACUUCCUUAACGGACAUGUACACCACCCAAGACCAAUACCACAGUCCGGAAAACAAAACCUUGCUGGACAACAUCAAGCAAGCGGUCCAAGGGAUCCAAGUGUAACCAUUUGUGAAAGGCAACCUCAUGUUCACCCCUGCAAGAUGUGGACUGUCUCUCCGAAUUCCUCAAGAGCGGUGAAGAUUCCAUCUCCUCUGUGCAGAGCAGUUACAUAUAAUGUACAGUGUUAAAUAUUCUGAAUAAUUUAAAAAAAGAGAGAGAGGUAUUAUGCUUCGCAAGAGACAUUCGAUAAUUUCGUUUCUUUUUUGGGGAUAGGGUGUGGGGGGGGUUCUUGCUUCGAGGAAGAACAUAAAAGCAUUAACAGCAAAAUAGUUUUUGAGGACAUUUUGUACGUUUUCAUAUGAGCUGACAGUGUCAUGUAAUGUUUCUAACUGCUCACAUAUGCACAUUUUAGUGUAUACUACUGAACAGUAAGCUGAUACUAACGGAACACGAGUUCUUUUUAUUGCUUGACCACAGAGCAUUUUAGAUGACAAAAAAAAAGCUGAGCUGGACAGUGAUCUAAAUGGACAAAAACACGUGAAGAUGAAACAAAUCAUUCUUCCCUUCAAAUGGGUGGUUUUACAUGUCUUGCUUGUGGAGUGCUCAAGAGCAAGAGCUGGCUUGCAAAUGACUUUUAUUUAUUUUUAUUUUUGACAAUGCUUGAAAAAAAUAUGUUUUCAUUUACUGUAUCCUAAAAAAAAUGUGUAGCUGAAGUUUGGGGGGUUUGUAAUCGGUGCUGUAAAUGAAUCUGGAAGGGGAAACUGACCGGACGUUUGUAUGAAUGUAUGUAUGAGCAGUUAUAUUGUUAACAUCAUUACACGGAAACCCAAUGGUGGAAAUCCCAUAAUUUAGCAGACCAAAUUAAUUCCCAGGGGAACAGAUCAGUGCAGUGCAUGUACGGUCACAUGCAUCUCAUCCUAUAAUCUCAAUUCCACCUGUUAAGACAACGAUCUAGAUAUAUUAUUCACAUCCUCCUAUUAAAUCCAAAUUGUGUUGCUAUAAUCAAAUAUUUCAGCAAUAUAAAAAGUAAAUAAUUUGCUAAUUAUGGUUAUGAGAUACAAUCUGAAAAGAGACAAAAUAUGGGGUAUAUGCAAUUUCUUGUUUUUAAAUCGUGAGGCAACACUAAUCUUUUUAAUAUAGCUAUGUAAAAUAGUGAUUUUUUAUACAAAUCUUUUAAUACAAAAAGUUUUUUAAAAUAAUGUAGGAGGAAUCUGAUUGUUGACCUCUCCAAGUAAAAUGCUCAUUUCACUUUUUUCAGUAAUGUUUUGCACAGGGACACCUUCGUUUCCAUGUUCUGAUGUUCUUACAGAACUAAAAGCAGUACCCGAGAGACAAAAAGGAGGGUUUUGUAAAGAGUAUUUAUAGACAGCAGGACUUACAGGGUCACUGUCCCCACAUAUGUGCCAGUAGACUAUUUGCACUUGUCCUUGAAGAUAUUAUCCUUACAUAUGGCGACGUGCAAUUUUCCAGGUGACCUCUUUGGCACACGAUUGGAGCAACCAACAGCUUGGAGCCACUGUGUGGAUUAAGUACCACUGAAAAAAGGAAGAACAGGGAAGAGGAUGACUAUUACUACAGCAGUUGUACUGUAGGUUAUUGUAAAAACAUGAUCAAUGUUCAUUUUUGCUAUGUUUUAGGAAGAUGAAGUUAGCCCCCAGCAGCACUUUAUAUCUAAUCAUUGUACAAAGGAAUUAAGUAAUCAAUCAAUUCAAGUUUUAAAAAAAAUCAAAAGAAAAAAAGCAGAAGACAAAAAAAAAGUUUAAAAGGCCUGGUGAAACGAGACCUUUUGAGAGGGUGAUACAAUCCAGCAUCACACACACCCAGCGUGACGGUCUGCACCUCUCCAUUCUGACAUUCAAGCUGUUAGCAGUCAUCAGAAUUUGCCUUGUCCGGAGCGAAUGGAACCGAAUCUCAUCAAAUGAACUUUGCCGCCCAGUUUCCAGGACUCUCUCCUGCGCAUCAUCCAUAACUGCAUUCACCUUUUUUCCACACCAUUGUGUCUGCAGCUUUUUGCCAAUAUAGUGAUGCUUCAGGCGAGUGAUUGCUAGUGCAAGUUUUUUGGAUUAAUUUGUAAUUAUCAGUCAAAACGGGAAAGGGGAUUCUUAAAGCACAAACUGCUCAUCUGACGUUGGUACAUAAAUAACUAAUCUGAAGAGUUAUCUGUGACUACUAAGAACACAAAAAGGUUGCAAAAUAUUUCGAUUUAUGACUUUUCAUUGAAAAAAAAGAUUGUUGACCAUCAGAUUUUAUUACUUUAUUUGCACCAUUUAAUUUUGAGAUGGAUAUCAGUGACCAUGAACAAAGACUGGAUUUUGUAUGAACUAUUGUGCUCUCUGUGGAACUGAAGUUUGAUUUAUUUUUUUACGACACAGCAUGGAUUUGUUGACAUUUUAAUUUUGCUAUAAAUGUGUGAAAUCACAAGUUGCUGUGAUAUUUCAUUUAUAAAUUGUGAACUUUGUACAAUUUUUGUCAUGCUGGAUGUUGACACAUCUUACUCGAAUAAAGAAAAAUGUGUUGCCAGAGGCCUGUAAA